GUGUUUGAUACGUUCAUCAUCCGCAGCCCUCCGGCCGGCCGCCCUUUGCCGCCCUAAGCAUGGCGUGCGCCCCACCGGGCUGUUAUCUUCUUCUCGUAUUAGGGCAGCCUUGUGCCGAAGAGCACAAGGAGCAUAUCCUGAAGAAAGUUGCCCAAGGUCUUCUAUCUUGGGAUGUGAACAACACAAAAUGCGAUCUUCUAGGACUUGAAACUGUUUGCUCUAAGUUAAAGUCCUCUAAGGAUGUCGAUAGCGAAUUACUCAUCCAACACUCGACGGAGAACCUCGCAGUUGAAGUAUUACUCAAUCCUCAAGUUAGUACCCUAAAACAAUGCUUAAAGAACCUUUUAGCUGCCAAUGUUGGUCAUAAGCACGUGAUACAUGCAGGCUAUGCCUUUACCGGAACGGGAUCUUGGAUUCUUCAAGAUGGCAGCUUCUCAUACGACGAUUUUCUGGAUACUCUGCAAGAUGCUGAUGUCCAGAAAGAGCUUAGACGCCAUCCUGGAUGCACAAUUCAUGUGCAUUGCAUACCAGAAGGUCCAUGGGCCUUUAAAGAAGACGAAAAUGCCCUGACCCGAAUGCACGAGUCUCUAUGUGUCAAUCCUGCCAAGAAAGUGUCAGCCGUUCCAGGAUCCAACUUCCUCUUAGACUUUUUAGGUUCUGUUUUAAGAUCUCAACCCCUAACGGAAAUGAUGAAAUCCUCUCCCGUUGUAGGAAAUAUCCGUUUCAAUAGACCAACUCUUUAUAUUUUUCCGGGAGGUCAAGGGGACUGCGCUCUGUUUGGAGUAAGUGGUUUCACAAUGCUGAUAGAUGGCGGUUUCAAUCGAAAACCCUGUUUCUGGGAAUUUAUACGGCAUCUGGACCGCCUAGAUGCCAUCAUGAUAACACGACUCAACGAGAAUAACGUUUGCGGCAUCACGAACGUCAUUCGUCGAAAAAUGGAAGGAAAACGAGUUUAUCCUCAAGUAGGCUAUGUCUUUUGCAACGUAGCAGAAGGCAAGCAGAGCCCAGCUAGUCCCGGUGAAUCCGGAAUAGACAGAGAUCCCCUUUUAGUAAGUGUCAUACGUGAAGGUCACGAAUUUACCGAAAACCUCCACCAGUUAGGUAUGAAACCUCACCGAUGUCUCCGAGAUUCCCUAGUCGAACCAUUAACUCUCUUUCAUAAAGUAGGACAUGGCACUCUAGAAAUGUACGUUUUAAGCCCACCGAAAGAUAGCAAGGAGAUGAAGCUCUUUUUUCAGCAGUGGACUUCAGUCAAGGAGCAUUUUGCGUCAAGAAAGAGAGAUGAUGAGAAAGAAUUUUCUAUACCUUUAUCUCAUGCUAUGUCUAUAUGCGCUCUUCUUAUAUGGAAACCUUCGGAUCCUGCGGAUACUAUAACGAGGGUACUUUUACCAGGAAGUGCGCCUCAAAAUAGGAUAUUUGAAGGUCUUGAGCAUUUAAAGCAUUUAGAUGAACUUAAGUAUAGAACAUGCAGUCAGUUAUCGUUAGGAAUCAAAUACGAAGAGCGAGUGAAAGUAAAGACAACCAGGAAACAUAUAAUGAAAACUUCAGUUCUCAAACAGAAAGCUGAAAUGAUACGGCCGUCCUCCCCAGUGAAGGCUGUUAGAGAUGCAGAUGAGAAAAUAAUUAAGAAAAGGGCAGAAUCACCAGUAAAAGGACUGACAAGCUCGCCAGUCAGAAGAAUUAAAAAAUCAACGAAGAAAGCAGAGGAGAAGAAGUUAAUUGCUGCCAGAGAAGAUAUAGUUGCCAAAAAAGUCGUAUCUAAAGAGUUGAAAGUGUCAGGUAAAAGGGUUGUGAAGAAAAGUACCAAAAUUAAAGAGCAAAGAGCUGCUGGAGAAGUAGUAAUAGCAGAUAUGCCUACAAAACAAGAAAAAGAUGAAAGUCCAGAAGAAAUCGUCACCCAGACAGAAAUAAAAGAAGCAGAAAAAUUGUCUGAGCCUGAAGACGAAGAAGCUGAAAAAGUUGAAGGCGAGGUUAAAGAUGGUGAGUUUAAAAAAUUGGAAGAAGAAAAAAUUGCAUUAAAAAUAGACGAACACGAAAAAUUAUCUGAAGCAGAAAAAAGUGUAAAAGCAUCUUUAGAUGAAAAAAUAGAAGAAUAUGAAGAAAAAGCAAAACUAGAAAUGGAAGAGAGGGAAAAACUGGAAAUGGAAGAGAAGGAAAAACUAGAAAUGGAAGAAAAGGAAAAACCAAAAGAAAUUGAAUCUGAACUUAAGAUAGAAACACCUUACAUUGAAUCAGAAAUUAAGGAAGCAGAAAAAGAUGUUGUUCUUCAGUUAGAAAAACCAGAGGAAGAAACAGAAAUAAAGCCAUCAGUAGAACAACUUGAACCGGAAAUAAAGGAAAAAGAAGAGGACACUGAAUUAUUUAAAUCACCUUCGCCCAUAGUUGAAAAGGACUUAAAAGCAGAUGAAGAAGUUGAAAAACCUGAAAUAAUAGCUGAAACAGGCAUAAAAGUCUUGAAAAAAGGUGCUUCAGAAAAGGUGCCUAAAAAGCCUAAACUAGCAGGUAAAGCGCCAGCGACUGCAAAACCCACCAUAUCAUCACCCGGGGUUAAAGUGGCAAAAACUAAAGUACGCAAAGAAACUGAUACUCGUAAGACAAUUGUAAGAAAAGACAAAAUACCAGAAAAGGAAAUUAAAUUACCAGCUAAGCCUGUUAAACCAAUGCUAAAACCGCGUGAUAUUCGUAGUCCUGCGGAAACGCCAACGAAGGUAAUUCCUUCGAAAGCAGCUAAAGUAAAAGAUACCAAACUUGCGAAAGAUAUUAAACCUCCUACAACAUUAAAAGUUUCACCAAAAACGGAAGUAACAGAAGUUAAAACUAAGGGGAUAAAAGAUGUAGUUAACAAAAGAGUUGCCGAAAGUAAAAUUAGCGCCAAAACGCUCGAGGUAAGUAAAUCUAAGAUUUCACCUGUUAUUCCCAAAAGCCCUAUUAAAAAACCUAAAGAAAAACUACCUCUUGCAUCUCCAAAGAAGAAACCCAAGCCUCCUACAUUAGCAGCAGCACGACCACCGAAACCAUCCAAAGAAAAAAUUAAACCCAAGCCUGUUAAGAGACCUGAAAAAGCAAAAGAUGUUACUCCGUCCGUAUCUGAAGAUAUCGCAAAGGUUACAGUGCCAGAAGCUGAGGGACCAAUUGUGCCAGCUGAAGAACACAUUCCGUCCGAAUUAUCAAGUCCAGCUGAAAUGAUCUCACAAGAAGAAGCAGAAGUUCCGAAAGAAGAAGAAGCUCCAUCCAGUCCAAGAGAAGCCAAACCAGAAAUAGUAGACAUAAAACGUGCACAUGAAGAAAUUCCGUCCGAAAUAUUAACCGAGGAAGACAAGCAAAAGGAGUUGAUAGAAGAAAAAGAAGCUGUUAAAGAGGAGGCAGCGCUUACUGAAAAAGAAAUUACGGAAGGGAAAGAAAUUUUUGACGAACAAAGAGUAGUUAAAGAAAUAGAAGCAGUAGAAGCCGCAGUUGAUGAACUUAUAGAAGGAAUGAGAACAGAAAUAGAAGAAUCCAAAGCUAAACUCCCAACCGAUUUGCAAGCGCAAGAAGCUCCAGAAGUAAUUAGCAAAGAAGAAAUAGAAGCUGAGAUUGCAGAAAAACCUGAAGAUGUUGUAGGUAUUGUUGAAGAAAGCGAAACGGAAAAACUUAAAGCUGAAAGCCCAACGUCUACUCCUGAAGAAAUAUCACUAGAAAAAGAAAUGUUACCAGAUGAUAUUUCUUCUAUUAAAUUAAGAGAAUAUCUGACACCAGACGCAGAAACGUAUGUGCAUUUGAUUAUUGAAAAUAUUAAAAACGAAGGUGUUAUUCUUGAAAAUUAUGAAAGUGCAGUUCUACAAAUUAUAUGCGAAGAAAUAAAAAGUAAAAAUGUUCCAUUAAGUAAACCUUCUGUGGCAAAAUACAUUUCGGAAUACAAGAUAGAAAUUGUAGAAUAUACAAUCAAAAGAUACAAAGAGAGUCAGGAAGAGACUGGAGAAAUUAUAGAGAGAGCAGAUGAAGAAGCGUUAGAGGAAAAAGCUGAGCUGCCAUUGCCUAAGGAAGAAAUUUCUGUCGUGGAGGAAGUAGUAGAGGAACGCGUUACACCAGAAGAAAUACAAGAGGAAAUUCCUAAAAAAGAAUUAAGCAAAGAGAUGAUAAAGGAAUAUUUAUCUCUGUGUAGUAGCAAAGACAUAAAUCUGUUAGUUCAAGAUAUUAAAGCAGAAGAAAUGACAUUGGACGAUAUUGAAGAAAUUAUAGUGGAAACUGCAUUGGAUGAAUUACAAAAGAAAGCAGUAUCACCCUCUAAGGAAACAAUAUCAAAAUAUAUUACUGAGUACAGAACUGAAAUUGUCACAAUUAUUCUCAAAAGGUACCUUAUAGGCAAAGAAGAAAUAGUCAAAGAAAUUGAAAAAGAAAAAACGGAAAUCGUGAAAGGUGAGGAAAUUGCAAAAGAAGAAAAGGAAAUUGUCGAGGAAGCUGAAGUUGUAAAAGAAAAAGAAAUUCCCAGAGAAGAGGAAAUUGCAUACGAAAAAGAAAAAAUUGUCCAAGAAAAAGUAGUAGAAGGAAUCAUCAAAGAAAAAGAAACUGACGAAGAAAAGGAAGGAAUUGCAAAAGAAAAAGAGGUCAUUACUAAAAAAGAAGAAAUUGAAAAACAAAAAGAAGAAGUAAUCGAAGAAAUGGAAAUUGUAAAGGAAGAAGAGAUAGCAAAAAUAGAGAAGGAAGUUCUUAAGGAAGAUAUUACAGAAGAAAAAGAGGAAGAAGUUAAAAAAACAGAAGUUGUCAAAGAAAAAGAAAUUAUGAAAGAAAAAAUUGCCAAAGAGGAAGAAAAAGAAGAAAUUUCUAAAGGAGAGGAAACUAUUCAAGAAAAAGGAAUUACAAAAGAAAAAGAAGAAAUCACCAAAGAGGAGCAAAUUGUCACAAAAGAAAAAGAUAUUACAAAAGAAGAAAUAGCCAGAGAAGAGGAAAUUGCUAAAGAAAAGGAGAAACUUCCUCAAGAAGAGGAAAUAGUAGAAGAAAUUGCGAAGGAAAAAGAAGUCGUCAAAGAAAAAAUAGAAAAAAUUUCAGAACAAGAAGAAAUUAUUGAAGAAAAAGGAAAAGCUGGAAAAGACAAAGAGGAAAUACUGAGAGAAGAUGAAAUUGCAAAAGAAAAAGAGGAAGUCGUCAAAGAAGAGGAAAUUGCGAAAGAAAAAGGAGAAUCUGUCUUAGGAGCAGAAAUCACUGAAGAGGAAGUUAGAGAAAAGGAAGGAAUAGUUAAAGAGGAAUUCAUCAAAGAAGAAAUUGCAGAAGAAAAGGAAAUUGCCAAGAAAGAAGAAAGUAUUGAGCAGGAAGAAGCGGAGACAGAAAUAACACUACAAGAGGAAGCCUUUAUUCAAGAAAUAAAAAACUACAUUACUCCAGACAUCAUGAAAGAAAUUUUCGAGCCUACAGAAGUGCCUGCAGAGGAGAUUUUAGAAGAUGAAUACACAGACUUUUUCCUUGAAACAUUAUACGAGGAAAUUCGAAAUAAAGACAUUCCAAUAGAGAAAAAGGCAGUAUUGAAAUAUAUUACUGAAUUCAGAAUCGAAAUUGUAAAACUUAUUAAUAAAAGAUAUCUAUUGAAAAAGCAGGUCUUUGAGGAAAAACUUAAAAUCCGAAAAGAAGUUGCAGAAAUAUCUGAAACUCUAACAAUAAGUCAAGUAAAAAACUUUUUGACAGAAGAUGCUUUAAGCAUAAUGUAUUCUAUAGUUAAAGAAAUUGAAAUGGAAAAAGAAAAGGCUGACAUGGAAAAUGUUGAAGAAGUCAUCCUCAACAUUAUUCGUGAAGAAAUUUUGGAUAAAGGCAUUCCUCAUACGCAGCAAAGUGUAUCGAAUUAUGUAAAAGAGUUCAGAACAGAGAUCAUAAAAAUAAUUAAAAGGAAACAUUUUAUUAAAGAAAUUGAAAAAGAUGAAACAGUAGUUACAAAGGAAGAAAUUAGUCCAGAACUCUCUACAUUAGAAGAAAAAGUAAGCGUUGACAAGCAUAUUUUACCUUCUGAAAGGGAAACUUCUGUAGAAGAGCAUAUAUCCAUUGAGGAUCUCACUAAACAAAUGACUCCAGAUGAGGAAAAAUUACUAUCGGCUCUCAUCAAGGAUAUUAAUUUAGAAAAUGUUUCAGAAAAAGAUUGCGUAAACUAUGUUUUAGAAAGUAUCUGCGAAGAGCUCACUAAAAACAACAUGACAAUAAGUAAAAAAGUGGUGAUUAUAUACCUCAUUGAAUAUCGGGAAGAAAUUAUAACAAUAGUGAGAAGAAAAUAUGCAUCUGGUAAAGAGGAUUUGGAACCAGAAGUUACAGUAGAAGUUCCUCUUCUCGCAAAACAAAUUUCUGUUUCGGAAAUCAGAAAAGAACUGACAAUGGAAGAUAAAAAUGUGCUAUCUCUUUUCAUCAAAGAUGUUGACUUGGAAGGGCUGUCGGAAGAAGAUAGAGAAGAAAUUAUUUUAGAAACUGUGUGCGAAGAGCUUACAAAAAAGAACAUGUCAAUAACUAAAAAAGUAAUUAUGAUAUAUCUGAUUGAAUAUCGUGAAGAAAUUAUUACUGCCGUAAUAAAAAAAUAUUUACCUCCUAAAGAGGGUAUGGAACCAAAAUUAGAAGAAGCGGAAAUUUCUCUUCCUGAAGAACAUAUUCCAAUUGCUGAAAUCAAAAACGAAAUGACAGUCGAAGACAAAAAGUUAUUAUCUCUUUUAAUCAAAAACACUGGCUUGGAAGACCUGUCGAUAGAAGAGUCUGAAGAAAUAAUUCUAGAAACUGUAUGCGAAGAGCUUAGGAAAAAGAACAUGACAAUAAGUAAAAAAGUAGUUAUGAUAUACCUUACAGAAUAUCGCGAAGAAAUUAUAACAAUAAUAAGGGGGAAAUAUUUAUCUCGUAAAGAGGAAAGAGAAAAAUCUGUAGAGAAACGAGUAAUUUCGCCUCUCAAAGAAUACAUAUCUGUAGAGGAUAUCAAAAAUCAAAUAACACCAGAAGAUGAAAAAGUAUUAUCAGUUAUUGUAAAACAAUCCACUAUAGAAGGUAUUGCGAAAGAAAACUGUGAAGAAAUUAUCUUAGAAACGGCAUGUGAAGAACUUAUUAAAAAGAAUAUAUACCCAAGUAAAAAAAUUGUUAUAACUUAUCUCACCGAAUACCGCGAAGAAAUCAUAAAAUUAGUAAAACGAAAAUGUUUAUCAAUCAAAGAAGAUGAGGAAUUAGGCGCAAUAACAGAAACAGAUAUGAAGCCAGAAUCCCUGAAAGAGGAAGUAAAACAGGAAAUAUCAAAGGAAGAAAUGAAACCGAUGUUACGUGAGAAGCAAAUAAAAGCAGAGUCACCAAAAGAAGAAGUAAAACCAGAUAUGCCAAAGGAGGAAUUAAAACCAGCAUUACCUAAAGAAGAAAUAAGACCGGAAGUGUUGGAAGAAGAGGUAAAACUGGAACUGGUAAAGGAGGAACUUGAAUCGCCUAAGGAAAAAGCAAAACCUCUAUCACCCAAGGAGGAAAUAGAACCAGAAUAUCCAAAAGAAGUGCAACUGCAGUCGCCGAAAGAAAAGAUAAAACCAGAAUCUCCUAAGGAGGAUGUCAAAGUUAAAUCACAAAAAGAUGUAGAGCCGGAAGUGCCAAAGGAAGAAAUAAAACCAGUGUCGUCAGAGGAAGAAAUAAAACCAGAAUCUCCGAAGGAGGAAGUCAAGCCGGCAUUACCGAAAGAGGAAAUGAAACUCCCAUCGCCCAAGGACGAAGCAAAGUCGACAUUCCCAAAAGAAGACGUAAAGGCAGAAUUACCAAAGGAAGAAAUAAAGACAGCAUCGCCGAAAGAAGAUUUAGAACCAGAAUCUCUACAGGAGGAACGAAAGCCGGAAUUGACGAAAAAACAAAUAAAGCCGGCAUCACCUAAAGAUGAAGUACGGACUAUAUCACCUAAAGAGGAAUUUAAACCGGAGACACCGAAAGAAAAAGUGAAACCAGAAUCGCUUAAGGAAGAAGUAAAAGCUGCAUCUCCUACGGAGGAAAUAAAACCCGAAUCCCCUAAGGAGAAAAUAACGGCUGUAUCACCCAAGGAAAAAGCAAAGUCAGAAACACCAGAGGUGGGAAUGAAGCCAGAAUCACCGAAGGAAAAAAUAAAGCAGGCCUCACCUAAAGAGGAAGUAAGUUCGGAAGAAAUCAAACCGGAAAUGCCAAAGGAAGAAGCAAAAUUGGAAUCUCCUAAAGAGGAAGUAAGUUCGGAAGAAAUCAAACCGGAAAUGCCAAAGGAAGAAGCAAAAUUGGAAUCUCCUAAAGAGGAAGUAAAACCCGAAUUGCCUGGGGAACAAAUACAGCCUGUAUCGCCCAGGGAAGAAGCAGGACCAGAAUUACCAAAGCACGAAGAAAAGCCGCAAACACCUAAAGAAGAAAUACAACUCGAAUCACCUAAGGAAAAAACUCCCUCGACCAAGGAAGAAGUAACACCAUUAUCACCAAAGGAAGAAGUAAAAACGGAACUGUUAAAAGAGGAAAUAAAGCCUUCAUCACCCAAAGAGAAAGUUAAACCAGAAGUAGUAGUAAAACCAGAAUCCCAUAAAGAGCAGGUAGAACCCGAAACGCUUAAAGAGAAAGUAGCGUCUUCGUCGAUCAAAGAGGAAGAAAAACCACAAUUCCUGGUAGAAGCUGUAAAGCCGGAAUCACCGAAGGAAGAAAUUAAGCCAGCAUCACCAAAGGAGGAAAUUAAACUACAGUUCCCCAAGGAGGAAAAACCGGAAUCUCCUAUAAAAGAAGGAAAGCCUGAAUCUCCAAAGGAAGAAGCAAAACCAGUGUCACCGAAGGAGGAAGUAAAGUUGGAAUCACCGAAAGAAGGGAUAAAAUCGGCAUCACCCAAAGAGGAGGUAAAACCGCCAUUAGUAAAGGAGGAAAUUAAACCAGAAUCGCCGAAGUAUGAAAAAGCGGAAUUGCCAGAGAAGGAAGCAAAACUGAAGUCUCCUAAAGAAGAAGCAAAACUUGAAUCACCCAAAGAGAAAAUAAUGCCGCCAUCCCCGAAGGAGGAUAUAUUAAAGCAGAAUCGACGAGAAGAAGCCAAACCAGAAUCAAUAAAAGAGGAAGUAAAGCCGGAAUCUCCGAAAGAAGAAAUUAUGCCGGAUUCACAAAAAGAGAUAGUGAAACCGGAAUCACCCAAGGAGGAAGUUAAACGAGAAUCGCCGGAGGAGGAAAUAAAACCUGAGUCUCCUAAAGAAGAAAUAAAACCCGAAUCGCCUAAGGAGAAAAUUAAGGCUCCAUCGCCCAUAGAAGAAACAAAACUGCAAUCACCGGAAGAGAAAGUAAAGUCUGAAACGCCAAAAGAGGAAAUAAAGCCGGCAUUACCCGAAGAGCAAGUAAAGCCUUUAUUACCCAAGGAGGAAGUUACACCGGAAUCUCUUAAAGAAGAAGCAAAGCCCGAAUCGCCUAAGGCUGAAGCAAAGCCAUCAUCGCCGAAGGAAGAAGCAAAACCAGAGUCAUCGAAGAAGGAAAUAAUACCGGAAUCUCCGAAAGAAAAAAUAAAGCCAGCAUCCCCCAAAGAGGAAUUAAGGCCGGCAUCUCCCGAAGAGGAAGUUGAACUAAAAUCGGCAAAGGAGGAAGUACGACUUGAAUCUCCUAAAGAGGAAAUAAAACCUCCAUCGCCGAAGGAAGAAGCCAAACCAGAGUCACCAAAAGAGGAAGUAAAGUUGGAAUCACCGAAAGAAGGGAUAAAAUCGGCAUCACCCAAAGAGGAGGUAAAACCGCCAUUAGUAAAGGAGGAAAUUAAACCAGAAUCGCCGAAGUAUGAAAAAGUGGAAUUGCCAGAGAAGGAAGCAAAACUGAAGUCUCCUAAGGAAGAAGCAAAACUUGAAUUACCUAAAGAAGAAUUAAAACCUGAAUCACCCAAAGAGAAAAUAAUGCCGCCAUCCCCGAAGGAGGAUAUUAAAGCAGAAUCGACGAAAGAAAAAAUAAAGCUAGAAUCACCUAAAGAGGAAACAAAGGCUCCAUGUCCUAAGGAAGAAGCCAAACCAGAAUUAAUAAAGGAGGAAGUAAAGCCGGAAUCUCCGAAAGAAGAAAUUAAGCCGGAUUCACAAAAAGAGGAAGUGAAACCGGAAUCACCCAAGGAGGAAGCUCCAUCGCCCAUAGAAGAAAACAAACUGCAAUCACCGGAAGAGAAAGUAAAGUCUGAAACGCCAAAAGAGGAAAUAAAGCCGGCAUUACCCGAAGAGCAAGUAAAGCCUUUUUUACCCAAGGAGGAAGUUACACCGAAAUCUCCAAAAGAUGAAGUAAUGCCCGAACCUGAAUCUCCUGAAGAGGAAAUAAAACCUCCAUCGCCGAAGGAAGAAGCCAAACCAGAGUCACCAAAAGAAAAAGUAAAGCUAGAGUCUCCGAAAGAAGAAAUAAAGCCAGUAUCCCCCAAAGAGGAGGUAGGACCGGCAUCUUCGGAGGAGAAAGCUAAACAGGAAUCGAAGGAGGAAGUAAAACCUGAAUCUCCUAAAGAGGCAAUACAGCCUCCAUCGCCGAAGGAAGAAGUUAUGCUAGAGUCACCAAAGGAGGAAAUAAAGCCUGCAAAAGAAGAAUUAAAAUUUGAAUCGCCGGAGGAGAAACUAAAGCCUCCAUCGCCUAAAGAUGAAACAAAAUUAGAAUCACCCAAAGAGGAAGUAAAGCCUGAAACGCCAAAAGAGGAAAUAAAGCCGGCAUUACCCGAAGAGGAAGUAAAGCCUUUACUACCCAAGGAGGAAGUUACACCGGAAUCUCCAAAAGAUGAAGUAAUGCCCGAGUCGCCUAAAGCUGAAACAAAGCCACCAUCUCCGAACGAAGAAGCAAGACCGGAGUCACCAAAGAAGGAAGUCAAACCGGAAUCUCCGAAAGAAAAAAUAAAGCCAGCAUCCCCAAAAGAAGAACAACUAGAAUCGCCGAAGGAGGAAAUAAGGCUUGAAACUCCUAAAGACGAGAUAAAACCUCCAUCGCCGAAGGAAGAAGCCAAAGCAGAGUUACUAAAGGGUGAAUUAAAGGUAAAAUCUCCGAAAGAAGAAAUAGAGCCAGUAUCCCCCAAAGAAGAAAUAAAGCUGGCAUCUCCCGACGAAGAAGUUAAACUACAAUUGGCGAAGGAGAAAGUAAGACCUGAAUCUCCUAAAGAGGACAGAAGGCCUCUAUCGCCGAAGGAAGAAGCUAAACCAGAGUCACCAAAGCAGGAAGUAAAGCUAGAAUCUCCGAAAGAAGAAAUAAAGCCAGUAUCCCAAAAAGGGGAAGAAAGCCCAGCAUCUCCCAAGGAAGAAGUUAAACUAGAAUCGGCGAAGGGGGAAUUAAGCCUUGAAUCUCCUAAAGAAGAAAUAAAUCCUCCAUCGCCGAAGGAAGAAGCUAAACCAGAGUCACCGAAGGUGGAAGCAAAGCCAGAACCUCCGAAAGAAGAAAUCAAACUCGAAUCGCCUAAGGAGACAAUAAAGCUUUCAUCGCCCAAAGAAGAAACAAAACUAGAAUCAUCCAUAGAAGGUGUAAAACCUGAAACGCCAAAAGAGGAAAUAAAAGCAGCAUCACCCAAAGAGGAAAUAAAGCCAGUAUCGCCUAAGGAGGAAGUAAUACCAGAAUCGCCAAAGGAUGAAAUAAAACCGGAAUCUUCUAAAGAAGUAGGACAUGAAUUGUCUAAGGAGAAAAUAAAGUCUCCAUCGCCCAAGGAAGAAGCAAAACCAGAAUCUCCGAUGGAAGAAGUAAAGUUCGAAACGCCAAAAGAGGAAAUGAAGCCGUUAUCACCCAGAGAGGAAGUAAUAUUAGUUUCACCGGCGGAGGAAGAGGCAAAAUUACCGCCACUAAAAGAAGAUAUAACAGCAGAAUCACCGAAGAAAGAGGUGAAGCUAGAAUCGCCGAAAGAAGAGUUAAUGCGAGCAUUACCCAAAGGCGAUGUGUCACCAAUACAGGAAGUUAAAUCCGAAGCCCCAAGGGAAGAAGAAAAACUAGAAUCACCAAAGGAUAAAUCAGAAUCCCCGAAGGAAGAAGUAAAGCCAGAAUCACUACUGGAAGAAGGAAUGUUGACGUCUCCCAAAAAAGAGGUAAAGGCAGGAUCACCGAUGCUGGAAGCUGAACCUGAACUGCUAAAACAAAAAGUGAAAGCAGAAUCGCCAAAAGAGGAACUGAAACCUGAAUCUCCAAAAGAGGAAAUAAAACUAGAAAUGGCUAAAAAAGUAAUUCUUUCAUCGCCCAAGGAGGUAGAAGAAUCGGAAUUGCUGACGGAAGAACCUAAGCCGGAACUACCAAUGCAGAAAUUAAAAGCAGAAUCCCCCGAAAAAGAAGCAAAGCCGGAAGCAAUAAAAGAAGAAAUGAAGCUAGAAUUCCCAAAGGAAGAAACAAAAUCUGUGCCGCCAAGUGAAGAAUUAAAAUCAGAAUCUCCAAAAGAAGAAAAAGUGCGGGAGUCACCAAAAGAGGAAAUAAAACUCCCCUUGCCCAAGAAAGAAACAACGUUGAAAUCUCCAAGAGAAGAUAUAAAGCUGGAGCUACCGAAGGAAGAAGUAAAACCACCAUCGCCAAAAGAAGAAAUAAAACCAAAAUCACCAAAGGAAGAAGGAAAACCAGAAGCACCGGAAGCAGAUGUAAAGCCACCAUCACCCAGAGAGGAAGUAAGGCCUACAUCACCCAAGGACAAAGUUAAAACAGAAUCGCCAAAGGAGGAGGAAAUAAAGGCGGAGUUACCAGAAGAAGAGCUAAAGCCAAUGGAGGAAUUAAAGUUUCCGUCGCCUAAGGACGAAGUAAAACCAGAAUCACCUAAGGCUGAGGUAGAGCUGGAGCAGCCAACGGAAGACACGGGAAAAGAACCAACAUUAGAGGAAAUAAAGAAGGAACUGCCCAAGGAAGAAUUAAAGUCUUUAUCGCCUAAAGAGGAAAUUAAACCAGAACCCACAGAGGAAAAAGUAAAGCUGGAAUCACCCGAGGAGGAUGUGAAGCCGACAUCACCCAGAGAGGAAGGAAAAUUAGCAUCACCUGAAGAUGAAAUUAAGCCAGAAUCGCCGAAAGAAGUGAAACCUGAAUUUCCUAAAGAGGAAGUAAAGCCGGAAUCUCCUACGGAAGACAUGAAACCUUUAUCCCCCAGAGAAGAAGUUAUGCAGGUGUCACCAAGGGAAGAAGCAAAAUACGAAUCGCUGAAGGAAGAUGUAAUCCCAGAAAUAAAGCUGGAAUCACCGAAGAAGGAACUAAAGCUUGCAUCACCGAAGGAGGAAGUGAAAUCAGAAUCGCUGAAAGAAGUAGAAAAACCGAAAUCCCCAGAGCGGGAAGUAAAGCAAGAAUCUCUUAAAGAGUUAGAAUCAAUUAAGGAUAAAGUAAAAUUUCCAUCGCAGGAGGAAGUGCAAAUGGAAUUACCGAAAAAAGAAGAAUUCAAGUUACCAAAAGAAGAAGUAAAGAAGGAUUCUCCUAAGGAGGAAGUCAAACAGGAAUCACCGGAAGAGAAGGCUUUAAAACCUCAACUUGAGAAGGAAGUUAUUGAAAAAAUAUUCUCUGCAGGGGAAACUGCAGAAGAAAAGUCAGAAUCUCCGAAAGAGGAAGUAAAGCAGGAAAGCCCAGAAAAGGACAUAGAAGUUGAACAUCUUGGAGAAAAGAUCAAAACACCAAUGCUCAAAGAGGAAGAAAAAAAAGAAAUUUCCAAAGAACAGGAAGAGCCAGAACCCUUAAAAGAAGAAAAAUUAGCAAUAGAAGAGGAAAAGACUCAGCAGACGCCAGAGCUAGAAUUAGAAAAACCGGAAGAAAUAAAAAUGCCGGAUUCACCGAAAGAAAAAGAAACACCCCAAAUUCCAAUACAAGAUGAAAAGCCUGAAGAGAUCAAACAAGAACCCGAAGUACAAAAGAAAGAAGACAAAAUAAAGAAAGAAUCUCCAAAGGAAGAAGAAAAACUCAAAACUCCCAUAGAAGAAGAAAAGUCUAAGGAUGUAGGGGAAGAGCCCAAACUAGAUAGGAGGGAAGAAAAAUUAAAGCCAGAAUCUCUAAGGGAACCAGAAAAGCCUAAAAUCCCUGAAGAAGAGGAAGAACCGAAGAAGCAAAAGGAAGAGUCUGACUCAGAAAAGAAGGAAGAAAUAAUAAAGUCAGAAAUACGGAAAGAAGACGAAAAACCUAACAUUUUAGACGAAAAGCCUGAGGAAAAAGAGGAGCCCGCAUUACAAAAGAAGGUUGAAGUAACAAAACCAGAAACUCCAAAAGAAGAAGAGGAAAUUGUAGUCUCCGUAAAAGAAGAAAAGCCUAAGGAGAUAAAGGAAGAGUCCAGAGUAGAAAAGAAGGAGGAAGAAACAAAGCCAAAAUCACCAAAAAAAGAGAAAGAAACUAAAAUACUCUUAGAAGACGAAAAACCUAGGGAACUUAAAGUACAGACCGAAAUCGGAAUAAAAUCAGAGUCACCGAAAGAAGAGGGAAAACCUAAAGUACUUGCAGAAGAGGAAGAACCAAAGGAGAAAAUGGAGGAACCUGAAGCAGAAAAGAAGGAAGAAAUAAUAAAACCAGAGAUCUCAAAAGAAGAACAGAAGUCUAAAAUCCCUGAAGAAAAGCCCAAAGAGAUAAAAGAUGAACCUGAAUUAAAAAAGAAAGUAGAAGUACCCAAAUUGGAAUCGCCAAAAGAAGCAGACGGACCUGAAGUUUCUCUCAAAGACGAAAAGGUUGUGAAGAUAAAAGAAGAGUCCGAAGCAGAAGAGGAAGAAGAAAAAAAGCUCGAAUCGACGAAGGAAGAGGAAAAGCCUGAGGAAAUAAAAGAAAAGGUCGAAAUAGAUACAAAGGAAGAAAAAAUAAAACCAGAAUCACCGAAGGAAGUAGAUAAAAGGGAAGAAAUAAUAAAGCCAGAAAUACCAAAGAAAGAUGAAAAACCUGAAGCUCCAGAAGAAAAGCAUAAGGAGAUAAAAGAUGAGUCCAAAUUAGAAAAGAAAGUGGAAGUAACAAAACCAGAAUCACCAAAAGAAGAAGAAAAACCUGAAGAUUUCGUAAAAGAUGAAAUGCCAAAAGAUAUGAAGGAGGAGCCCGAAAUAGAAAAGAAGGUAGAAGAAGUAAAGCCUGAAUCAUGGAAGGAAGAGGAACCAUCUAAAAUACCCGUAGAAGAAAAACCUAAGGAAAUAAAAGAAGACAUUGAACUAGAAGUAAAGGGAGAAAAAAUAAAACCAGAAUCUCCAAAGAAAGACGAGAAAUCUAAAAUGCCUGCGGAAGAAGGAAAACCGAAAGUGUUAAAGCCUGAAAUUAAAGAGAAGGAAGAAACAGUGAAGACUGAAUCAACAAAAGAUGAGGAAAAACCGGGAGUUUUCGUGAGAGAUGAAAAGCCAAAGGAUGUAAAGGAGGAGCCCGAAAUAGAAAAGAAGGUAGAAGAAAUAAUACCUGAAUUAUUGAAAGAAGAGGUACCACCUAAAAUACCCGUAGAAGAAGAAAAACCUAAGGAAAUAAAAGAAGAUAUUGAACUAGAAGUAAAGGGAGAAAAAAUAAAACCGGAAUCACCAAAGAAAGAAGAGAAACCUAAAAUACCUGUGGAAGAGGAAAAACCUAAAGAAUCAGCGAAGAAAACUGAAGCAGAAAUGGAGGAUGAAAUAAUAAAGCCAAAAUCGCCGAAGGAAGAAAGGAAACCUGAAUUCUCUAUAAAAGAAGAAAAGCCUGAAGAGGUAAAGGAAGGGGUAGAAGCAGAAAGUUCGGAAGGAGAACUAACUACAGGAUUACCGAAAGAACUUAAAAUUGAAGAGAAAAAAGAAAUUAAAAAGCCAGAAUCGCCGAAGGAAGAGGCGAAAUUUAAAAUCCCAACAGAAGAUGAAAAACCUGAAGUAGAAAAGGAAGAAAUAAUGAAGCCGGAAAUACCGAAAGAGGAACCUAAAUUUAAAAUCCCAGAAGAAAAGCCUAAAGAAAUAAAAGAGGAACUAGAAGCAGAAACGAAGGUAAUAAAAUUAAAAUCAGAAUCCCCGAAAGAAGAGAAAAAAGCAGAAGAGGAGGAAAAGCCUAAGGAGUUAAUACAGAAACUCGAAACAGAAAAGAAGGAAGAAGAAACAAAGCCAGAAACACCGAAGGAAGAUAGUAAACCUAAAACUCCAAAAGAACAAACGCCUAAAGAGAUAAAAGAAGAGCCUGAAGUUGAAAAGGAGGAAGAAAAAAUAAAACUAAAACCACCGGAAGAAGAGAAGGAACCUAAAAUGCCUGUAGAAGAAGAAAAGCCGAUGGAAAUACAGAAGGCUCCCCAAACAGAAGAAAAGGAAGAAAUAAUAAGGCCAGAAUCACCAAAAGAAGCGCAAAAACCUAACAUUUCAGAAGAAAAAGAACCUAAAGACUUAGAGAAGAAACCCAAAGUAGAAUUGAUGGAGGAUAAAAUAAAGCUAGAGACACCAAAAGAGGACAAAAUUAAAAUACCAGUAGAAGACGAAAAGCCUCUAGAGUUAAAAAAAGAAGUCGAAGUAGAAUCGAAGAAAGAGCAAUUAAAGCCAGAAGUAUCAGAGGAAAUAGACAAACCCAAACUCUUGGAAGAAAUAGGAAAGCCUUCUGAACUGAAACAAGAAGAUAAGAAAGAACUCGAAGAAGAAGAAGAAACAAAGGCCAAAUCACCAAAAGAAAAAGAUAAACCUAAAAUCCUCGAAAAAAAAGAAAAGCUUGCGGAGAUUAAACAGAAGCCGGAAGAAAAAAUGAAAUCAAAAUCACCGAAAGAAGAGGAGAAACCUGACAUCCUCGAAGACGAGGUAAAAGAGGAAAUACAAGAAAAAUUAAAACCAAAAUCUUUAAAGGAAGAGGAGAAACCAAAAGAUGCCAAAGCAGAAGAAAUGCUUACAGAACUAAGAGAUGAUGUAAAGACAGAACUGAAAACAGAAGAUGUAAAGUCAAAAUCACCGGAUAAAACGGAAGAGCAUUUAUCACCAAAAGAGGAGCCAUUGGCAGAAAGAGGCACAAUAAAGCCAGAGUCACCGAAAGAAAUUAAACUAAAAUCACCGAAGGAAGACGAGAAGUCAGAAUUACCAGAAGAAGAGGAAAAAAUAGAAUCGCCGAAAGGAAAAGAAAAAGAAAUGUUAAUUUUGGGCGAAGAGGAGAAGAAACUGUUGUCUCCAGAGAAAAAGACAGCAAAACCAGAGUCUCUGAAAACACAGCCAUCAACUAUAGAAGCAGAAAUACCUCUAGAAAAAGUAAAAGAAGAUAUAAAACCACAGUCACCAAAAGAAACAGAGGAAACUAAACCAGAACCAUCAAAAGAAGCAGAAGAAUCGGAAUAUCCAAAACAAAUCGAAAAGCAACUAUCACCUAAAGAGGAGGAAAAUCUUGAAUUGCGAUCGGAAAGCAUAUCAUCCAAGAAGGAUAUUAAACUAAAAUCUCCAGAUGAGACAGAAACGCAAGUAUCACCACAGGAGGACAUAAUAUCAAUCAAACAAAAAGAAGAAUUUAAACAAAGCGUUAAAUCUGAAAGGGAAUCAUCAAAAGAAAUUGAAAAACAAGUAUCACCGAAAGAGGAAAUGCGCACAGAAGAUAAAAAACCUAAGUCUCCUGAAGAGAAAUUAACACCAAAAUUGCCGAAGGAUGUAUCACCGAAAGAUGAGUUGAAACCAGAAACUGCAAAGAAGGAGGUAACACCAAAAUCUAGAGAGGAUGAAGAACAUAUAUCGGUAGCCUAUAUAAAAAAAGAAAUAACAACAGAAGAUGAAAAGCUACUAUCAUUUGUUGUCCAUGAUAUAAAUUUAGAAAAUAUAUCGAAAGAAGAUUGCCAACAAAUUAUUUUAGAAACUCUGUGCGAAGAGCUUACGAAGAAGAAUUUAACAAUAAGUAAAAAAGUAAUUAUGGUAUAUCUCAUUGAACAUCGUGAGGAAAUUAUUAGAAUAGUGAGAAGAAAAUGCUUAUCCCGUGAAGAGGAUCUGAAACCAAAAUUAAAAGAAGAAAAUAUUUCUCCUUCAGUACAACGUAUCACCAUGGCAGAAAUAAAAAAGGAAAUGACAGUGGAAGAUAAAAAGGUACUGUCUGCCCUCAUCAAGGACAUCAACCUGCGAGAUUUGCCGGAGGAAGAUUGCGAAAAAAUUAUUCUAGAAACUGUAUGCGAAGAGCUAACGAAAAUGAACAUGAUAAUAAGCAAAACAAUCGUUAUAAUGUACCUCACUGAACACCGUGAGGAAGUCAUUACAAUAGUGAGAAGAAAAUACUUAUCUCGUAAACAAGAUCUGACAGUAGAAGAGACUGAACUUAUCUCUAUGGCAGAAAUAAAAAAGGAAAUGACAGCAGAAGAUAAAAAUGUGCUGUAUGUCCUCAUCAGGGACAUCAAAUUGGAAGGUCUAUCAGAAGAAGAUUGGGAAGAAAUUAUUCUAGAAACUAUAUGCGAGGAGCUUAUGAGGAAGAACAUAGCUAUAAGUAAAAAGGUAAUUAUUACGUACCUAAUUGAAUAUCGUGAAGAAAUUAUUACAAUAGUAAGGAAAAAAUUCAUAUCUCGUAAAGAAGACUUGAAAAAAGCUGUAAAAAUUGAAGAUAAAGUGCAAGUGGAUGAGAUAGUAGAACAAAAAUUGGCUUCUUCACCCGUAGAAGGUGCAGCAGAGGACAAAGCAAUAAUAGAUACAAUACCUGAAGCGGAGAAAGAAAUUCUUAAAACCAAAGCACCCGCUGAGGACGCAAAAAAAUCACCGACUCAUGCAAAGGAAGAAGAUGAAGAAAAGCCAGACUCACCGAAGGUUAUAAAAGAGCUUGAACUGCGUGAAGAGGGAGACGCAGACUCAUUGAAACAAAUAGAAGAAUUAAAAUCAACCGAUAUGAAAAUUGUGGAUACAGAUGAUAUUUCAUCUCCUAUAGCUGAAAGCGUAUUGAAUGACGAAAUUGAGUUUUAUAGCGAAGAACUUGAGGAAAUGCUUUCCAGGGAAUCGCACCUUGAAGAGGACUUAUUUCAAAAAAUGUCCUCUUCGGGUGUCCAAAAGCAUUUAUCUCUCAAAACAGAAACAGAUGAAAUAAAACACGAAAUUCCAACUGAAACAAUAGAAAGCGCAGCAGAUUCAGCUGAAAUAUCUACAGAAAUAAUUGAUGCGGCUACACGUAAAGCUGUCUACGAAAAACCAGAAGCAGAGCAAGUCUUCAGAUACAUUUUUGCUGAAACAGUUGUAGAAGAUGAAAUAGAAACGAUUUCAGACCAUGGUGCUACUGAAAUAGAAAGUUUUGAAUCGACAGCUUCAUCUUGCAGAGAAAAGAUUUUUGGAAUAGGAGUUGAAGAAGAAGAAAAAAUAGCAGAAGCAUCAAAAAUGAAGCUAAUGUAUGUGGAAGUAGAAGUUGAAGAAUCUGUGACUUCUACAACCGACGCAUCUCCUGAUACAGAUGCUCCUGAAAUACCAUUCGAUGGACAAAGUGCAGAACGAAUUUUACAAGAAGGUAUACUGAAAUCAAAAGAAAAAGUGACAACUGAGACGCAUGAAAUAAUAGAAGAAGCUACAUCAAAAAUAAUGACGGAAGAAAAGAUCACAUCAGAAACAAAAGAAACAACGAGACAAGUAUAUGUCGAUGAGAAACCAGCUACAGAAGAGAAAUUCUCAAAGCAAUCCUUGUAUACACAAAGUGGUUCUAAAGUAUCACAUGAAGAAAUAGAAGAAAUAAUAACGGAAAAAGAAUCUUCUUUUGUAGAGAAAACGGAUUCAGUAGUCACUAAAUCCGUUACAUCAUAUGAAACAGGUGGUCACGAAAUUCCGACAGAAGAAGAUUCUUUAUCAACAGAGCGCUCGAAAAAAUUAGACAUGAAAAUCAGAGCGGAUACAGAAACUUCAACAUCUGAAACAGUUAUAACUAAAUCCAGCUCUGCAUCAGAAAGAAUAGAAUCCGUACAGCAUCUGCAAGAAACUCGUGAAUCAGAUACUCAGAUAAUAACAAUGGAUACUGAAAAAGAAACAACCAAAAAACAAGAAAAAGAUGAAAGAAAAUCAACAAAAGUAAUAAAAACUAGUUUAACAGAAGAUGAUUCAGAAAUCAUUGAAACUGUAACUACUACAGUAAAAUCAGUUUCAUCGCCACUCACUGAAGACAUUGAAGAAGCAUCAGAAACAAAGCUAUCAAAAACUUCUGAUAAAGAAGAAAAAAGUGAAUCCAUCAUCGAUCUCGAAACCAAGGAUGAAAACCAACAGUUUGUUCCUGGAAAGACAUCGCUUUAUGAAACUGAAGAUUCUAGUGAUGCAGAGAAAAUAUCGAAAAUGGAGAUAAAAUCCAGUGUAGCUGAAGAUGGUUCCGAAAUAGCGGAAACAAUUACCACUAUAACAUCUAAACUAAUGUCGGCUCCUGCUGACUUGGAUGAUAGUACUUCUACCAUUGAAACUAAAGUUGUUGACGACGAUGGUUCUGUAGUAACAGAAACCAUACGAAAAACAGCAGAAACUAAAGUGUUAACAUCGCUAUAUGAACCAAAAGAAGAGAAAGAAACAGAUGCAACCAAAGAAUUAAAGAUCCAACAAGUUUCAGUUGAAGAUACAACCAAAGAGAUUUUUAAGCCAACUGAGGUACUUAAAUCUCCUUCUGAUGAUGCAGAAACAGCUCAAUUAGAGAUAGACGCCAAAACAGCUAAGGACGCAGAAGAAUCAACCGAAGUAAUAGAAACUGUUACUACGAUAACUACUACAAAAUUAGUAUCACACCCAGCUGAACUUGGUGAUGGCACGUCUAGAACUGUAAUUGAAAAAACCGACAAAGAUGACUUGAAAAUAACCGAAACUCUUACGCAAAUAACUACAAGCAAGUCAGAAACAUCGCCUUCUGAUAAGUUAAAUGAUCAAGAAGCACCGCAAACUGAGGACAGCUCUGAUGUUAUAGAAACUUUACCCAGCAAAAAAGAUGAUCAAACUGAUAUAAAGUCAGUUGCGCCAACAAUAGACGCGGAAAAAGUAUCAACCACAGAUACAAAAUCUCUUAUAAAAGAAGACGGUACAGAAAUAAUUGAAACAGUUAUUACUACAACCACAAAAAAAUUAGUAACAACUGAAGAUGAAGUUGCAGAGGAUACUUCUUCACCUAAAAGUAUUGAUGAAAGCAGCGCAGAAACAGUUAAAAUUGUAGCAUCAGAAAAGGUAAUAUCAUCAUCUGACGAACUAAGCAAACAAGAGGAUACGGACGACCGUUCAAGCGAAAGUAUUAUUGAAACCGAAAAAACUACUUAUAGCGGAACUAUAGGAAAACCUGAAUCAAAGAAAGACAGUGAUAAAGAUCAGGCUGCGGGGAUUCAAAAGGACACAGAAACAAAAUCAUCAAAAACUGAUAUUACUGAUACAAAAAUAACAUUAUCUACAGAAGUAAAAUCCUCUAUAGCAGAAGAUGAUUCAAAAGUAACAGAAACUAUUACAACCGUAAUGACAACAACAAAAUUAGAUUCCCAACAGCAUGACCAUGAUGAAGAUGCAAGUCCAACUGUUGAAGAUGGGAGAGAAGAGGUUGAAACUAUUCGAAAAGUAACAACGACAAAAAUUGUAACUCUAUCGACUGAUGAACUGACUGACGAAUUAGAUGACUGGGAAGUAAUAGAAUGUAUUACUACGGAAGAUUCCUAUGAUGCUGAAGGAAUGGUAGCUAAACCAACUGAAACAAGUAGCACUGAAAAGGAUAAGACAGAGGAUGCUAAAAAAAAAGAAGGAAAAGGAUUAAGUGACGUAGAAAGUAUAAUAACAGAGGAGAGCACGUCUGAAGUGGAACCCGAUUCAGUAAGAACUGAAAAAAUAACAAAAAUUAUCACAACAAAAGUAAUUUCAGUACCAGAUGAAACAGAGGAUGAAUCAACUGUUACUGCAACUAAAAUAGAUGGAGAAGAUGAUUUUGAAAUAAUAGAAACUAGAAAGGUUACAAGAACAAAAGUGGCAACACUAACAUCUGGUGAACUAGGUGAACAGGAAGAGGUUCAUUUGAGUCCAGGAAAAGAGACUUCCGAAUUUAUUUCUAAAUCACCUGAAAAAUCAAAGCCGUCUGAAAUAUUGCAUGAUGAAGAAAUACAAAAAGAUGAGCAUGUUGAAUUAAAAGAUGAAGAAGAGAAAAUUUCCAGAACUGAAACAAAAUGCACUGUUGCAGAAGAUGGUUCAGAAAUACUGGAAGUUAUUACAACUACAACCACAACAAAAUUAAUAUCAUCUCCAGGAAAGCAAGAAAGCCCUGUAUUAUCCACUGAAACUGACAAAACAGAUGAUGAUGGAUUUGAGACAAAAGAAAUUGUUGAAACAAUAACAACGACAAAAAUGGUCAAUGUAACGUCAGACGAAGAGGGUAAGGAAAAAUGUGUGGAAUAUAUUACUAGUGAAGAUGAUUCUGCAUUUAAAGAGACUGAAAAACCAUCAGUUAAAACAUUAAAAUUACCUGAAUAUACGCAGAAAGACAAACCAUCAGCAGACACCGGAAUAUCUUAUUCUGAAGACAUCCACCACGAAGAUUUCACUGAAAGUAAAUUGUCAAAAGCAUCAACCCUUGAUGCGUCAUCAAACGAAGUAAAAUCCAGCAUCGGAGAGGAAAGCUGUGAAAUAAGUGAAGAAACUUUAAUAUCGUCCCCGAUUGAUAACACUUAUACUACGGUAAGCAAAAUAAUUGGCGAAGAUGGUAUUGAAAUAACAAGAGUUACUCAAACAAUAAGAAAAGCAAAAGAAAUAGCUUUAUCAUCUGAUGAAGUAAGCGAGCAAGAAAUAGGGAAAGGCGAUAGCACUAAAAGUAUAACACAAGUUACAGAAGCUUCCCCUAAAUCGAAAGAACCACCAGUAUCCCCUGAGAGCACACAAAAAGAUGAAGCGAAAAUAGAAACAAAGCCUUCUGAUGUCAGUGAAAUCCAACCACAAAUUCAAAAACAACUUGAAACAAGCGACGAAAAAAGUAUAUCAACUACAGAAACAAAAUCUGUAUUAGGUGAAGAUGGUUCGGAGGUAAUUGAGACGAUUACGACGAUAACAUCAACCAAGUUAGUAUCAUCACCAGUUGAUCUAGAUGAUAAGGUAUCUACUACUGAGAUCAAAACGCUUCCAGAUCAUGGCUCGGAAAUAAUUAGAACUGUUAAGCAAACUACGAAAGUUAUAACUUCAUCAUCCGAUGAAAUAAGAGAGCAAGAAUUAGAGGAAGGCACAAGCAAAAUAUCAGCAUCACCUGAUGGCAUCCAAAAAGAUGAACCAAAAAGGGAAGCCAAGCCCACUGAUGAAGCAAGCGAUGAAAAUUGUAUAUCAACUACAGAAACAAAAUCUGUUCUAGGUGAAGAUGGCUCGGAGGUAAUUGAGACGAUUACAACCAUAACAACAACCACAUUAGUAUCAGCACCAGUUGAUCUAGAUGAUGACGUCUCUACUACUGAGACCGAAACAACUGCAGACAAUGGCUCGAGAAUAGUUAGAACCGUUACGAAAAGUACGAAAGUUAUAACUUCAUCAUCCGAUGAAAUAAGAGAGCAAGACUUAGAGGACGGCAUUAGUAGCAAAAGUGGAUUUCAAGUUACAGAAACUACCCUUAAAUCACAAGAAAUACCAGUGUCACCUCAAGGCAUCCAAAAAGGUGACCCCAAAAUAGAAAUCAAGCCCACUGAUGAAGCAAGCAAUGAAAAAUGUAUGUCAACUGCAGAAACAAAAUCUGUUCUAGGUGAAGAUAGCUCGGAGGUAAUUGAGAAGAUUACAACCAUAACAACAACCAAAUUAUUAUCAUCACCAACUGAUGUAGAUGAUGACGUGUCUACUACUGAGACCAAAACUGUUGCAGAUGAUGGCUCCGAAAUAAUUAAAACUGUUACGAAAACUACGAAAGUUAUAACUUCAUCAUCCGAUGAAAUAAGAAAGCAAGAAUUAGAGGUAGGCACAAGCAGUAAAAGUAAAGCUCAGGUUACAGAAACUUCCCUUAAAUCCCAAGAAGUACCAGUAUCACCUGAUGGCAUCCAAAAAGAUGAAUUCAAAAGAGAGACCAAGCCCGCUGAUGAAACAAGCGAUGAAAAUUGCAUAUCAACUACAGAAACAAAAUCUGUUCCAGGUGAAGAUGGCUCGGAGACCGAAACAACUGCAGACGAUGGCUCCAAAAUAAUUAGAACCGUUACGAAAUCUACGAAAGUUAUAACUUCAUCAUCCGAUGAAAUAAGAGAGCAAGACUUAGAUGAAGGCAUUAGUAGCAAAAGUGGAAUUCAAGUUAUAGAAACUAACCUUAAAUCACAAGAAAUACCAGUGUCACCUAAAGGCAUCCAAAAAGGUGACCCCAAAAUAGAAACCAAGCCCACUGAUGUAGCAAGCGAUGAAAAAUGUAUGUCAACUGCAGAAACAAAAUCUGUUUUAGAUGAAGAUGGCUCGGAGGUAAUUGAGAGGAUUACAACCAUAACAACAACCAAAUUAUUAUCAUCACCAACUGAUGUAGAUGAUGACGUGUCUACUACUGAGACUAAAACAAUUGCAGAUGAUGUCUCGGAAAUAAUUAAAACUGUUACGAAAACUACGAAAGUUAUAACUUCAUCAUCCGAUGAAAUAAGAGAGCAAGAAUUAGAGGAAGACACAAGCAGUAAAAUUAAAGCUCUGGUUACAGAAACUCCCCUUAAAUCACAAGAAAUACCAGUAUCACAUGAUGGCAUCCAAAAAGAUGAAUCAAAAAGAGAGACCAAGCCCACUGAUGAAACAAGCGAUGAAAAUUGUAUAUCAACUACAGAAACAAAAUCUGUUCCAGGUGAAGAUGGCUCGGAGGUAAUUGAGACGAUUACAACCAUAACAACAACCACAUUAGUAUCAGCACCAGUUGAUCUAGAUGAUGACGUCUCUGCUACUGAGACCGAAACAACUGCAGACGAUGGCUCCAAAAUAAUUAGAACCGUUACGAAAUCUACGAAAGUUAUAACUUCAUCAUCCGAUGAAAUAAGAGAGCAAGACUUAGAUGAAGGCAUUAGUAGCAAAAGUGGAAUUCAAGUUAUAGAAACUAACCUUAAAUCACAAGAAAUACCAGUGUCACCUAAAGGCAUCCAAAAAGGUGACCCCAAAAUAGAAACCAAGCCCACUGAUGUAGCAAGCGAUGAAAAAUGUAUGUCAACUGCAGAAACAAAAUCUGUUUUAGGUGAAGAUGGGUCGGAGGUAAUUGAGAGGAUUACAACCAUAACAACAACCAAAUUAUUAACAUCACCAACUGAUGUAGAUGAUGACGUGUCUACUACUGAGACCAAAACAAUUGUAGAUGAUGGCUCGGAAAUAAUUAAAACUGUAACGAAAACUACGAAAUUUAUAACUUCAUCAUCCGAUGAAAUAAGAGAGCAAGAAUUAGAGGUAGGCAAAAGCAGUAAAAUGAAAGCUCAGGUUACAGAAACUUCCCUUAAAUCACAAGAAAUACCAGUAUCACCUGAUGGCAUCCAAAAAGAUGAAUCAAAAAGAGAGACCAAGCCCACUGAUGAAACAAGCGAUGAAAAUUGUAUAUCAACUACAGAAACAAAAUCUGUUCUAGGUGAAGAUGGCUCGGAGGUAAUUGAGACGAUUACAACCAUAACAACAACCAAAUUAGUAUCAACACCAGUUGAUCUAGAUGAUGACAUCUCUGCUACUGAGACCGAAACAACUGCAGACGAUGGCUCGAGAAUAAUUAGAACCGUUAAGAAAACUACGAAAGUUAUAACUUCAUCAUUGGAUGAACUAGGUGAAAAAGUAGAGUCCAACACUGAAGACGAGCCUGAUAUUUCUGAAGAAGUUAAGGUAUUAAAAUAUCAUGAUCAUACGCCUGGAGGCUUAUCAAUAAGUGCUUCAAAAAUAGAUAGCUCUAAAGAAACUUUAGAAGCUGAUGGUAUUGAAACAAAGUUAACAAGAACAUCAAAAAGUAUUGAUGAAAAAAGUAUAACUAGAAUUAAAUCUGGUAUCGAAGAAGACGACUUAGAAACAACAGAAAAGGUUACUACCGUAAUAACAAGAAAAUUGGUACCUGAACAGCAAAAAAAAGAACAAAUCGAUAGCUCGUGUGCGUCUGAAAAAUUUGUGAAAACUGAAAGUACGCUAUGUACAUCUGAGUAUUCCGAUCUGGAGAAAGAUACCACAGAUGUCAGUACAAGAAGUACUACAGAGACCCUGAAAAGUGAAAAAACGCAAAAGCAAUUUGAACAAGAGAGUCAGUCAACCGAAGAUAUUAUCACGAAAAGUGUUACUUCAUCAAAAUCUGCUGUAAAAGAAACAGAAACGCAGGAAACAGAAAAACUGAAAGAGAUCCACUACGAAACAAAUAAAAGUGGUACAAUUUACAAAACCGUAACAAAAACAUCAACAGAAUCAGAAGAUUUUCACGAAGAAGUUGUAUCUGAAACAAUAUGCAAAGACGAUAAAAUGGAAAAAACUAUCAUAACCACAAGAUCAAUGUCUGAACCGUGUGGAGAAGAGGAAACAUCAGAAAAAACGCGAUCUCGGUUUGCCUCAGAAGGCGAUUCAACAGAGGAAUCACCUAGAAAGAAAAAGUCUAAAAAGGAACCUAGAACUGUUAAAAAGAAAAUUAUUAUAUAUCAUACUGGUCUUGAAACUUCUGCGGAAGACAUUCUAACAGAAGACAAAAUUCGGGAUGCAAUUAUUGGAGCAGGAGGAAAGCCAUCUAGUAAAGCAGUAGCGGUGAAGCGAAUCGUAUCUUCAGGCACCACAGAAGAUUUAAAUCGUUUUGUCGGGCAAGAUAAUGUUAUAGAAGUAAAAGAAAUCAGCGAAUCUUCAUCAAUUCAUGAAACCAGUGAAAGAAAGGAAAGUUCAUCUACUAAAGUGGAAUCUUCAUAUGGAGAAUUAGAGCAAGUUGAAACAGAUCCAUUUUUAUUAAUAACAAAGCCUUUGGAAGAAACUUUUAGAAAAAAAAUGUUAGAACAAAAAGCGGAAGAAGAAGCCUCAGAAACUAUGCAAUUUGAGAGUAAAACAAGAACUGAAUUUUCGAAAGAAAAAAUCAGAGAAAUGGUGGAGGAAAAGGAUACAGAUACGAGCCAAACUAAAUAUAAAGAUCAUACAGUUGCAACUGAUGCUAAAAAGUUAGCCAUGGAGACCACAAGACUUUCUGAAGAAAGAAGCGAAACCUCACAAACAACUAUUUCCCAUUUUAGUGAAACUUACGAUGCGUCAUCGAGUUCCUCUUCAACAACAACAGUAUCAAGGGAUACUGCAAGGCAAAUUGAAGAAAGCUCAAGCCAAUCUGAAGAAACAAAAUCUGAAGAUAAGAAGUCUUUUAAUUUAGAUGAAUGGGAUAAACCAAUGGGGCUACCUUCACCACCAGAACCGUUAGAUAUUGAUGGGAGUUUAGCAUUGCUUGCUAAAGAAACAACUACUCGAACUACUAAACAAGAUGGUAAUUACAAAGAGAGUAAAAGUGAAAAAUCCUUGGAGCAAAAAGAUACAUCAGUGCCUCGAUCUGAAUCAGAAGAAAAAUCAAAUAAAGAAACUGAUUUAUCACCAGAAUAUCAAAAUAAUGAACAAUAUGAUAAUAAAGAAGUCGAUAAAUUUGCAGAACCUAUAUACAUCGAUUUAACAUAUGUUCCACAUUUUGGAGACCCUCAUUACUGCAAUGCGGACUUUUUCCGUCGUAUCAGAUCCCGUUAUUAUGUCUUUAGUGGAACAAAACCUAGUAAAGAAGUGUUUAAUGCUUUGUUGGAAGCAAAGCAAGAAUGGAAAGAUAAGGAUGCAAAAGUGACUAUCAUACCUACUUAUGAAACAGAUACUUUAGGCUAUUGGAUGGCUGUGAAUCAGGAAGCCCUGAUAGCUAACAAUAUUGACGUUGCACCUUCAGCAAGUCGAUGCACUAUCAAUUUACAAGACCAUGAGACUAGUUGCUCUGCUUAUCGUUUGGAAUUGUAAAAGUGAGGUCUGUAGAAAGAUAAUGACACUUACGAAUUAAGAUAAAUAUCAGUUGAAUGGAUGAGUGCAUAUGAGCAGCAGUUGAAACUGCCAGACUUAGUUUUAACCUUGAAUUAAUUUUGCUGCGAAAGACAGAGAUACUGAUAGAAAAUAAAGACUUGUAUUAAAUUUUUCUUGACAAUUAUGCUAAAGUAACCGAACUUUUACCUUAGAGGCUUUAUAUAUUUAGUGCUUAUAAUUGCGAAAAAUUUAUGAACGUUGUCUGUAAAGGCAAAAGAUGAGUGAGAUCGUAAUAAGAAUAAUGUCCUUUAGUGCCUAAAGCUAACGUGAUAUCAGAGAACGAUUCAAGAUAAACCGAUAAACAUUACAGAAUAUGAGAUUCUAGUCUAAAUAACUUGUUGCACGAAAUAACAAAACUGCUGAAAACUCAGGAAGGUGCUUAGAAAUAAUUGGAAAUGCUUUCACGGAAUAACGUAAAGAUUUAGCAUUUCCUUUUUACAACGAAGGAUCAAAAUUAUUGGUAUUUUUUGUAGUAUAAAAGUACUUAAAUUCGUAACAUUUCUAGUGUUUCUUAUUUUUAUUGGAAUUGACGAUAAAAUUUUAAUUUAUCGUACAUUUUCCUAAAACUGUAAAUUUAAUACUGUCAUUCAAUCUGUUGUAACAAGGAAAUACUAUAAACAUUAAAUGAAUUAUCUAAUGGUUAAGCGUACACAGUCUUCAACUGUUAAAAAUGCCAUUUGAUUAAAUGAUAGCUUAAUGAAGUGCCAAGAAUGAAAACAAAAUCUUCAAAACAAAGAUUUAGGUGAAAUAAUAAAUAUAUGACACAAAGGAAGGUUAAGAAUACUUUUUCAUUCUUAAAAAAAUUCAUAUAAGUUUUUUUUUUAAUUCAUGCAUUUCAACAAGAAUAAGUUAAAUUUCAAAAUGUUCCGAAGUUAGAUUUGAUAUAAAAUUAAAUUUUAUAGCUGAAAGUCAAAACUAAGUUUAAUAAAAUGAUUAAGCUGAUGAUAGAGUAUAUGAUUAGAAAGCUGCUUGCUAUUCUUAUCCUUCCAAUGUGUGGGUAUUGAAAUUUCAGUUGCAAAAAGAAAUAUCAUAGCACAUACUUUUUGAAUACAACUUCCAGCUAAUUUUGUGGCAGAGAAUUUGUUUCUCCACUUUGUAAAUCAGUUUUACACAUUUCUCAGAAUUUUGAAUGACUGUGAUGGACUCUAAUAUGUAAAGAGAUUACUACCACUGCCUUAGCUGAAGGAAAUGUACAGCCGCGAAAUGUGUAAACCUGUAUUUAAUUAGACAAAGCAUAUUAAAUGUAGAUAUGCUUAAAAAGAACACAUGUGAUCUUAGAUAUAUAGAUAUACUUAUAUAUAUAUACUUAUAUAUAUUUGUUUCUUAAUUUGAUUACGUUUGAUGUCGAUAUUCACUUAGUUCCUACCUAUAAAAACUAAGAGAAAUUAAAAAUGCUCUUUCUAUCAGGAAUUUGCAAAUUAUCCUUGCAUAAUAUGAAAAAAUAUAAAUUAAAAGAUUUUGUAUGGUUACUAUCAUAUAAGUGCACUUAAAAUAUCAAUAAAAAUAAUUAGCUGUUUUACUAAAUAUACCAAAAAAGUGUAAACUAUAAUAUGCACGCUUUAACAUUCUAAAACAAAUUCAGUAGAGAUCAGUAGAAUUCGGCAAUUCUACGUUUCUGAAGAACGCAAUGCAAUGAAAGAAAACUGCGUUCUUAAGGAAACAUUGCAUAAAUUUUAAUUAAAUGUAUAGAAAACAGAUGUAGAAAAAUUUCUUGUAUUAAAUAAAACCAUGGCAAAUUAUUCAUUACAUUUUUAUUGCAUUGCAUUUUUAACAUGUCAUUCAUUGGCUGAGUUUAACCAAAUGAAAUAAUAACAGGAAGUAUGAAUGGUAUUAAAUUUUAUAUGACACGUGACUAUUUAUAUGACUCUAUCUUUCUAUUGUUAGUAAUAUAUUUUUGAAGGAAAUAAAUUGACUGGAAGUUUGCUUAAUUCAAAUUAAAAGGAAAAAUUAAAAAAUUUUCUAUUUUAUUCAGAGAACUGUUUAAAACAUUCUUAGAAAAUGAAAUUUACUGAAUUAAUUCAUCAAAUUGAUUAAUCAAGAUCUAAAUAAUUCAAACCCAUUUUCAAUAAAAAUUAACCUCGAACAAGAAAUAUUUUCAUCAUUUACACUGUUUCGGCAAAAAUAAAUAAAUAAAUAAAAUUUACUAUCACUUAAUAUGAUACAUAUUUCCGUCUGGCAAAGAGUUACUUUUAUAAAACAAGACUUGAGUAAAAGCUAUUUAAGUUUACUAGUCUCAUUUGAGUUAACAUGAUAUCUCAUUUAAGCUAACUGAGUUAUAUAAUUAAAUCAUUAUAUAGCUUCGUUAUUAAGUCAAUAAAGAAAAUAAAACGUUAAAUUUAUAGCUAUAGUAUUUAUGAAUCUUUAGUACUUUUUUACAAAAUUAACUUCCGAUAAUUACUUAUUUUAAUGGCCUUUUCUUAAAGCGGCAUGCUUGAGAUUUAAAAGGGGAAUUUCCUUAAUAUAUGACAGAACAAAUGCAAGUCUUUUAUUUAAAUCAGAAGUUCACUGCUCCCAAUUCAGAGGAAAAAUACUUAUUACGCCUAUUAUGGUUUACCGAAGAUACAGAAAAGACAAAAAUUAUUAAUGCCUCUUACUAACAUUUCAUACUACCAUGUCAUUUUCAUAAGCAAACUUUACAAACUUAUUAUGGUAUGAUUUCGGGAAUCUUGCAUGGAACGUUUUUAUUUGUAAAAUUAAAUUUGCAGAUUAGCAUAUUCUCAUGUGUCACAUUUGGUUAACCCUGUAUCAUCAAUUCAUAAAUUAUCAUACUCAGUCUCUUGAUUUAAUAAUGCCAGUUUCAAUAAAUACCUUUUUUCCUUCUCUCUCUUUUAUAUUUUAAAAGAGGGCCUACCUUAUUAAUUUUUCCUUAUUUCCUUGAUCUUUAAUAAUGUUUGAAUUGACGAUACCCCAUUCUAUUCUUCUUACUUCUCUAAGCCAGUUAGCAGUUCAGUUAUUCAAUAUUUUAAUGCAUAUUUAUAAGAUCAUUACUUUAAAUGCAAUUAUUUUAUUAUUAAUAAAAUUGCUUAUUAUCAUUCAUUAAUUGUUACUGUUUUAAAUACAGUUACUUCAUUAUUCAUUAAAAGUUUUUUUAACUGCAUAUUUAGUUCAAUGCAAUUUUAAUCACGAUAUUAAAAUCAAUAGAAAAGGCAAUAAUAAAAACGAAAUCAAAAAGAUUCUUUUUGAAUUAUUAACCCCUUUUCAUUUUUAAAAUAGUUUUGUAAAACUUAUAGUUUAAAAAUUUUGAAUUUUAUGUUUCGUCUGCAUCAAUUUCAUUAUAAAUCAUUUUUAGUACUUGUUUUAAUAACUGUUAUGCUAUAUAUACUUGAGCAAGGGAAGAAGAGUACUUUUAAACAUUUUUAUUGCAUUUAAUUUGCAUAAAAAUAGUCCAGUAAUUUUUUUAUUGGUUCUCUAACUAAUUUAAUUUUCAGCAAUAUCUAUAUUUACGAGCUAGAAAAUUAGGAUAAUUUUAGAUCUCUGGCAAGUAUUUCAGAUCAUGCUUAUGAAUACAUAAGAAAAGGGAGCUUAUUAACACAGAAUGUACUAUGAAUGAUGAUGACAGUAUUUUUCUUUUAACUUAAUUAAAUCGCGAAAUCAAGAACUUAUUGUACGUUAUAGUACAGCACAUUUCAAUACAAUUUUCCCUGCCACUGAGCAUAGUUGUUUUAGCAAAACUAGUAAUUUUAAUACAAAGGAGUGAUAAGUUUUUUAAAUAAUGCAGUGGAUGAUCUUGAUUUUAGAAAUGAAAAUUAGAACGUUUAAUUAAUUCAGUUUUUUCAAUUAGUUUUAAAAUUGUAUUAAAUGCUUGAAAUUUUUAUGGUUGUUGAAUUUAAUUGCGAAGAGAACUUGCACAAUAUCCAGAUCAAAUAAUCAAACGCAAGAAAGUUUUAAAAAAAAAGUUCAUCUUUUAAUAAAAUUUUAAGCAUUUGAAAUGCUUGUAGGCAGCUUAAAACUAUAUCAAAUGAAUGAUUUAUUUAUUAUUAUUUUAAUUAUAAAAAUGUAAUUUAUAUGAAAAACAACAUUUUUUCCCCUUUUAGUUUUGGAAGUGAUUAUUGUAAAAUAUAUUUUUUAAUUAAUUCUUAUGGAAUUAUAAUUCCAAUCAAAUUAAACUUUCAGCCAAUGAAAUAAACCUGUAAAAUGUGUUACCUCUUUGUUAUGUAUUGCUUGUAGCUUCAAUAUACAAAUCUGUAAAAUGUUUGUUAAAUCUUAUUUUAUCUAGCUUCAAUAUAAUUUUUUUUUUUUCUAAAAGUGCUAUGAAAUGUAACCUUCUAAUGUAUUCACACAUUACAGAAUAAUGUAACAAAAUUUGCUGAAAUCUGAUAAACAUCAGCAUGAAGUCAGAAGUGAAACCUCUCCAAGUUUCCUCCCAUUAAUCAAACCGUAUGCAAUGUCUCAAACUUGAAAUAAUUUUAGAUCCACAAAUGUAAAUAAGCAUGGUGCUUUCACAGCUUGUUUACUUAUUAUUAUUUUAUUUCAAGAGCUAGUUAACUAACAGACAAUCACAUUCCAAAGAUAUAGAUUUACAAAAAAUUAUUCUAUAAAAUAUAAUUCUAUAUCUGCUUCUUUUGGCCACUGGAUUCACAGUGAAGUAUGCAGAUUACUGCACAACUGGAAGCUUAUGGAAUGUAGAAAUAUUAUAUAUAAUAUUUAGAAUAAUGCCUUGUAGAGGUCGGCGUAAAUCACAUGCAGCUAAUGAAAAAAUUGUUAAUGACUGCAUACUUUUUAUUUGUUCCUGGAAUUGAUGUAAGUUAUCAAAAUGUUACCUCAGUAUCUCACAAAUUCUCAGACCACAAAGUUCAUUGAGAAAAUGAAAAGUGGCCAGGCAAUUGGUUAUGACUCUGAAAAAGUUUUAGGAACUAGUAAGAAGUAAAUGUUGUCACUUGCAUGAUAGUUCUGCGGUAAGAAUACUUAAUCAUGUACAUACAUAUUUAUAUUUACAUAAAGAAUUAGUAACUUACCAAUUAUGCUAAAAAUUCGUUUGUCUCAAGUGCAUUGCCGACCUCUCAUUCUGGGCAAGAUAAAUGAUAAAUCUUCUCAACCUAUCUCAGUGAGGUAUGACUUCCUUCCCUCUCCUCUACAGAAACAUUUAUAUAAUAUAAAAACAAUCUCACGUGUUAUGAAUGUAAGAAGAUGCUUAUCAAACGCUUCUUACAUGAUUUAUUUUGAUCUUAUUUACACUUACUCCGACUCGUUGCUUGUGAUAAUAUAUUAAAAAUUUACGCAGACUAUUGAUUUUUGCUGUUCUGUAAAUGCCAGCUUAAUUUUAAUCAAAGAGUUUAAUUUAGUGCCAAAUAGUUAAUGAUGACUACCUUCAUGUCCAUUUUCUUCACUUGUGCUCAUUGUUUCAAGCUUGCGGUUAUGUGAUAAAAUUGUUUUACAGCCAUUGUUACUUGUAUAUUUAUUGGAGACUGUUAAUAAAGCUUGCUUGUUGCUUCAGUA